AUGAGUCUGCUGAGGCCCAGCGGGCUGAAGUCCCCCACCAAGAUCCUCAAGCAUGGGAGCUGGGCCCUGAAGGCACCCUCGGCCGCUGCUGCUCCCGUUGAGAAGACCAUGCCUGGGGAGAAAACCCCCAUCGCCCCCUCCUCGGAGAUGCAGGAGGAGUUUGUGGGCGACUUCCAGGUCGGGGAACGAGUCUGGGUGAACGGGAACAAGCCUGGAUUCAUCCAGUUCCUCGGGGAGACCCAGUUUGCCCCUGGUCAGUGGGCCGGGAUUGUCUUGAACGAGCCCAUCGGCAAGAACGACGGCUCGGUGGCGGAUGUGCGCUACUUCCAGUGCGAGCCGCUGAAGGGCAUCUUCACCCGGCCGUCCAAGCUGAGUAGGAGCUUCCAGGCCGAUGAUGAGACCAACUGCCGGCAGCCAGCGCCUGCCGCCUGGGCCACACCGCCCCUGUCGGCCUCCCCGGCCCCUGCCGGCACCGCGAAGGUGCCCCAGUCCCCCGCGAAGGAGUCACCGGCCACCCCUCACAUCAGCAGCCUGACCAGGACGGCCAGAGAGUCCAUCUCCAACCUCUCUGAGACCGGCUCCCUCAAGAAAGGGGAGCGGGAGAGGAAGCUCGGGGACCAGGUGCUGGUGGGAGGCAUGGAGGCCGGUGUGGUGCGCUUCCUCGGGGAGACGGACUUCGCCAAGGGGGAUUGGUGCGGCGUAGAGCUGGACAAGCCACUGGGCAAGAACGAUGGUGCCGUGGCCGGAACGAGGUACUUCCAGUGUCAGCCCAAGUAUGGCUUGUUUGCUCCCAUUCACAAAGUCACCAAGAUCGGCUUCCCGUCCACGACGCCGGCCAAGGGCAAGGUGGCCGCUGUGAGGCGUGUGAUGGCCACCACCCCCGCCAGCCUGAAGCGCAGCCCUUCGGCCUCCUCGCUCAGCUCCGUCAGCUCCGGGGCCUCAUCCGUGAGCAGCAGGCCCGGCCGCACAGGACUAUUGCCGGAAACCUCCUCCCGCUACGCCCACAAGAUCUCUGGCACCACCGCCCUCCAGGAGGCGCUGAAGGAGAAGCAGCAGCACAUUGAGAAGCUGCUGGCCGAGCGGGACCUAGAGCGGGCGGAGGUGGCCAAGGCCACGAGCCACAUGGGGGAGAUAGAGCAGGAGCUGGCCCGCCGGAACGGGCACGACCAGCACGUCCUGGAGCUGGAGACCAAGAACGACGAGCUGCGGGCCAUGCUGGAAGCGACCGACUGGGAGAAGGUGGAGCUGCUGAACCAGCUGGAGGAGGAGAAGAGGAAAGUGGAAGACCUCCAGUUCCGAGUCGAGGAGGAGUCCAUCACCAAAGGCGACCUGCAGAAGGAGGUGAAGUCCCUGCAGGCGGCCUCCGAGAAGCUCGCCAAGGAGAACGAGUGCCUGAGGACCAAGCUGGACCAUGCCAACAAGGAGAAUGCGGACGUGAUCGCCCUGAGGAAGUCCAAGCUGGAGACGGCCAUCGCCCCGCACCAACAGGUCAUGGGCGAGCCGAAGGCAUCCGUGAGCCAGGGCGUGGGCGCCGAGGCGGCCGAGCUGGCCGAGCUCAAGAUGCAGAUCGAGAGGCUACAGUUCGAGUACCAGCAGGAGGUGGAGAGCCUGAAGGCCCAGCAGGCGGCUGAGCGUGCAGCGCACGCCUCCGAGCUGCAGACGCUCAGGUCGCGGCUGUUCAGGACAGCCCAGGAGCAGAAGAACAGCCUGGAGGCCGCACGGGCCAAGCUCGAGCAGAUCGAGGACCAGCACCUGGUGGAGAUGGAGGACGCCCUGAACAAGCUGCAGGAGGCGGAGACGAAGGUAAAGCACCUGGACGGGUUGCGGGCCGUGUGUAGUCAGCAAGCCCAGGCCCUGGCCAAUGCCACGGCACAGCUGGAGGCCACCCAGCAGAAGCUCUUGCAGCUCGAUGGGCUCUGGAAGGCCAGUUCCGAAGGUCAAUUGGGAAUGGAGAAGCUCAGGCAGCAGCUCCAGGUGGCUGAGCGGCAGGAGGAGAAGGUGGACGUGAGCCGCAGCCAGUGCCAGGCUCUGCAGGCCGAGCACACCAAGGCCAGCGUGGAGAGCCAGGGGCAGUACGAGGAGGCGCCGCAGGCCCUGCAGAAGCUGCUGCAGCAGGCGGAGGAGAAGCUGCAGGCAGCGGAGGCGGAGAACGGGAGCCUGCUGCGACAGGUGGCCGAGCUGAAGUCGCAAGCCGAUAAGGCCAAGGAGCUGCUGGGCCAGAAGGCCACUAAGCUCCAGCGGCAGCUGCACUGGCUGCUGAAAGACCAGGCGCUGCUGGAGGCACAGCACACCGAGCUGCUGGCCGAGCGGGAGUUCGGAGCCCGUGUGGUCUCUUUGCCGCGGUGCGCCCACCCUCUGCUGGCCGUCUGCGGUAUUGCAGUCUGGAGCGCGUGUGGCCCCUUUGCCGUGGUGGGCCCGCCCCCUGCUGGCCGUCUGUGGUAUCGCAGUAUGGAGCAUGCGUUCAAGGAGUGCUACCUGGACAGCGACCAGAGGAGCCUGUACCACGCGGCCAAGGGCCUGAUGACGCUGCAGGGCUGUGCGGUACCAUCCCCUAGAUCUUCUGCAAGGGUGAGUGCGCCAGGAAUCGAAGAAUUUGUGCACAUACUCCCGGGCCCCCACUUCGAGGAGCGGCACCCGCUGCCCAGGUGCCUGCAGAAGAAACGUAGGUUUGUGAGUGAUUUUGCUUUCGUGACCCGCCUUUCACCUUGA